CCACUCGCGCCAUGAUAGCCUUCGAAACCUCGUCUAACACUGGAACACCGAAAGCGAAGCAACCCACGGAAAGAAAGAAGACCAAAGAAAGAGCUAGACAGAGAAAGGAAUAACCCACCAAAAGGUAGAGGACAGAGUGGUUUUCGAAUUCCUAGCUUUUCAGUUUCCGUUGAUUCCGUUUUCCUUCUCGUUAAGUUGCUUAAAUCCUGAAGACGAGAAAGAGAAAGCGAUGGAGGGGCCUUCGGGAGAUAGUGAGAAGGAGGGGCCAUCGAUGGAGGCACAGAUGUCGUUAGCCGCGUCGACGACGUUUCCGGGGUUUCGGUUCUCGCCUACGGACGAGGAAUUGAUCUCCUAUUACCUGCAGAAGAAGCUGGAGGGGUCUGAGAAGUGCGUGGAAGUGAUUUCCGAAGUUGAAAUUUGCAGAUACGAGCCUUGGGACUUACCAGCCAAAUCAGUCAUUCAAUCGGAUAAUGAGUGGUUCUUCUUUUCUGCCCGGGGAAGAAAGUAUCCAAAUGGCUCGCAAAGUAGGAGGGCUACUGAAUUGGGGUAUUGGAAAGCUACUGGGAAAGAAAGAAACGUAAAGUCUGGUUCCAUUGUGAUAGGUACAAAGAGGACUCUAGUGUUCCACACAGGUCGUGCACCGAAAGGGGAAAGGACUGAAUGGAUUAUGCACGAAUAUUGCAUGACCGGGAUUUCUCAGGAUUCUUUUGUUGUUUGUCGUCUCCGGAAGAACCUUGAGUUCCGUCCAACUGAUUCUACAAACCAAGCUUCCUCAACUCAAAGGAAUUCGUUGGAUUUGCCUUGUGCAGUCGCUGAUGUUGGCAUUGAACAGUCGGGAUUAUCUGAGGGGGACAAGGCAGUUGGUAGCAGUCAUGAUUCUUAUUCCCUUGAUCAAAUUGAUUCCACGUCUGAAUCUGAUCAGAAACUAACAAAUGAGGUUACAAUGGCAGAAAGUUCCAGUCAACAGAAGGAAAUUGGCAUUGAAGAAGAUUUUUAUGCAGAGAUACUUAAAGACGACAUCAUUAAGCUGGAUGAAUCGUCGCUAUCUUUUUCUCCUCUAUUCCUUCCAACAGUGACUGAUCAUGUGUCUGAGGCUGAGAGAGAAACUCAACAACCAAUUCAAGAAACGACUUCAUGGGUGCCCCCUUUACAAGGCACGGCAAAUCGCAGAAUCAAAUUAAGACUGAAAGAAGCAAAGGAAUUUGCUGCAGAGGGACCAGAAUCACGGGAAAGUGGCGAAACUGUCUAUAACUACUUAGUAGAGAAAGAUGAACAUCCAAACCAAGAGCAGCAGCCGCCAAAAUGCCUGUUGGGUAUAUUCUAUCCUAGAACAAUCAACCAUUGGCGAGCAUAUGUGCUUUUUAUUAUUUUGACUGUGCUAGCUUUGUUUCUAUCUUGGUUGGGAGGAUCCCGGCAAGCUAGAAGGAUUACAUAUGCCACUUUGUACGAGCAUUUUUGGCAGCGGAUGUAAAUAUCAGGCUUGGUCCAAGAUGUAAAUAUCACGGUAAUUGAAUCUUUAAUAAACCAAAGAGCAUUAUGUUUUAGAAAGUUUGGUCUUUGAGAAA